CCGCCAUCCAUUUCUGCCCGCGAUUCUAUCAGCGAGGUCCCCCCACCCCCCCCCCCUUCCCCCGGACCCGACGCCAGUGCGUAACGAACAGGCCGUCAUCGCGAACCGCUGUCUUUCGCCAUGUCAUCCCAUGCUCGGGGUCAAAUACCUCCAGGUCUGCCUGUCCAAUCGUGCAAGACCUCCGAACCGCACAGUAUUGUUGUCGAGCCCACUCCCGAGAACCAGAAGGCAUACAAUGAGAUCCGUAGGGCACACGAGCGUGCUUCCCUGCAAACCCACCUCGCCUCCCAGCAAAGCCUGCGGCUGCCCUCGACAGCGCCCUCCGUUGCUAGCGCCGCCCCUUCGCACUCCGAUGAGCCCGGGGGUCCUUGUGCCCAUGAAGCGAUGGCCACGGGCACAAACCGAUCCAAAAAGCCCCGAGGCAAGAGGAAAGGGCCUCUAGAGGCCCAGACAAGGUUGAGGACAGCGGUCAAGCGGAAGCUUAAGCUUGCUUGCCCGCACCACCGCGCCAAGAAGACCACGUGUGAUUGUCACGACUUCAGUCUUUUAGAGAAGGGGUAUGAGGCUACCUUCCACCAGCUAUCCGCCAUUCGCGACAGGCCCCGCUUCCCCAGUGACGUGACGCAGCGGGCGCUCAUGGAACCGACACUGAACCAGGAGACCUUCGGCAUCGGUGGCGGGGCGGUGGCGCCACCCCAUAUAGACACUACCGCCAAUGACUUUGGCGACAUGUCACGUUCGUUGGGUGACGACUGCGAAGGCGUUGUCCGUCCUAGCCUCCGGAACAUGCUGACCAGGUUCAAUCUCGACUCGCCUCAUUUCAGCAGCGAUAUACUGCAUCCCCCCGUGCAACCUUACUAUCCAGGGAAUAAUUUGGGGUCCUCGCAGUCGCCAGAGUCAUACACCCAGUACGGGCUCCUCGAAAUUGGCAGCCAGAUGCAGCAAUACCCGCUCCGAUGGCAAUGCGAGUACAAGGGCCCUGUCGAUUCCGCGUCGGAGACUUCGCCGACCGGCUGCUCCUGGACGGGGCCAAUCUGGGAGUUGCCUCACCAUUUCCGAGCCAAGCAUUGUCAGUUCGACGCUGCCUCUCCGCCAGUACGGGUUGUGUGUGAGAUCUGCGGCGCUCAAACCCAAUGCGAAUCCGAUUUGUCUACUUCGUUUUCUUGUGAUAACACAGGCUGCUCGUCUACUUCCGCGCGGAGAUGGUACUACGGGUCCACGGGAGCCGAGUCGGUAACGGAAUCCGUCCCAACCUUCACUCAGUCAAGCGAGUCCGAAGCUGGGAAUUCUCGGAACGUACGACCGGAAGGGGGUGGAAACCACUCUUGGCUAGGAGGGGGGGGCCUAAACGGCGGGCGUUCCUCGUUCUCUUUCGCGGGUAGCUUCCGCGAGUUUUCAAACCACUACCGUGACGACUCGGACACGAGCAGCGAUUCGUCGUCCGAUAUCCGCCUAAGCGGCCCACCAGAUUCCCGACGACAUGCCCACACGCCGGGACGCCGCGCUGAGGAACGUCCGUCGGGAGUGGGGGCUAACGUACCGUAUGCUAUCACACAGCCAAAGGCCGGGCCUUACCGGCUUUGCGCGGACAUGUUGUCUCACAUUAACCUUAAACUACCCAUCAACCACCUACUCCCACUUAUGCUAUCGCUACUAGCCGCCUUCUUUCGGGAAAGGCGGUAUGCCGCCGGGUUGCGUUCGCCAUCUCUCUCCGAGAAAAAUGCGGACGCGGGUGCGGACGCAUGCUGCUGGCGGCCAUUGGGGCUGCUCAUACUGGGAUUUAUGGCGACAGAGACUGGAACCCGCCGAGGCCCGCUAACUCGGACAGCAAAGGGACUCGCACAUGCAUAGGGACGGCGGCUCUCGCGCCGAAGCUCGACCCCGAACCUAGGGAUGCCUGGCGUCGCAGCACGCGGUGGGGUACACACUUUAUAGGACUGCGCUGUCCUGAUGAUUUGCACCUUGGCCCUUGACAAACCAAUCCCGAUCCCAGCCAAUGAAUGCCUUCUCGUGUAUACGUUGAUGUCGUCAGAUGAGCUCUUUGGCGUUCUCUCUUUUUUGUUUCUUCAACUCCUCCCUGGCCUUCACCCGCCCUUUUUCUUGUGCUUUUUUCGGAUUUUUUUUUUAAAAAAAAGUGACGAUGUGACGAGGAAGAUCUUGUUAGGAGGAAUGUUCGCAUAGCCCGGCGUUAUAUACCCCCAUUUCCCCUCCAUAUUCUCUUGAUGUUAAGACAAGCGACGAACUUUUCGUUAUAUUCUUUUCGGGGUAGAGGAUUCUUGUCGAGUUGGACUGCGGCGGGAUUGGAACUGGAUCUCGUUAACGGAUGGCCGGUGCCUUGGUAGAUAGGUAGAACAU